AUGACUACUCUUGCUGAAAAGCGCAGUUUGGCGUUAGCUAAAGCUCAAGCAUUUGUACGAACAAGGAAGCCUGAAGCUGCUCCAGAAAACUCUGAGAAUGGUGGAGAAAACUCGGAGAAUGCUGCAGAUGAGAACAAUCCAAUACGACCUAGCUCUUUUGGACUUAGAGCACAUUUUUCUACGGUUAACAUCAACUGUGAUAAAUGGUACCAAACUAUGGAUGAAAAAGCGCGUCUGGCCCUUCAGGACCCACCUUCAUUAGCUGAUGGGAUGGAUCGUGAGACGGAAAAGAAUCUUCGCUUUUUUGGAUGCACUCUUAUACAAGAAGGAGCCGUUAUGUUAAAACUUCCUCAGGUGGCUGCCGCCACGGGGCAG